AUGUUGAACUACUUGAUAAAAUCAUUUUUGAACCGUUUCUUCAAGUUAGAAUAUAACUUCACGGUGGAUGACCCCUACUAUGAACAGGUCCCCAUCAACCCCCAAAAAAAUCGAUUUAAAAAAACUCCCAGACGCUUGCCUGACAACUUAUCUGCCAAUGAUGAGAGGCUCCUUAAGAAAUUCAAGACAAGAGCCCACCGGUACGACAUGGCGUUCUCAUUUAUCGGGGUUCCUUUUGGAACCGCCACCAUUUUCCAGCUAGUGCCGGUUGCUGGAACAAUUUACACCACCUACAAUUCACUCCAACUACUUUGGCUCACCAGAAGCUUUACAAACGGGUUUCCGAUCGACUUGUUUCUUAUGUGUUUGUUGAACAUUUUGGUAGAUUUACUCAUUGGAUUGAUACCUAUUGUGGGAGAUCUCAUCAAUAUCGGAUUCAAGGCCAACCUGAGAAACUAUGCUAUUGUCAGACGCCAUUUGUUCCAAAUAAGCGACUAUAAUAAUGGGAUCAUUUCCAAAGCCGCUAUUCGAUCUAAUUUCGUGAACAAUCGGUUCAAUUGGUUCAAGGAGAAUGAGCCGGUUGAGUUGAAGAGUUUGGCAGCGCCAUUGUCGAGUAAAAGUUCCUCCACCACCUAUACCAGUACUGAGACUGGCCCCGUCACGAGGCUGCGCGCGGCUCGCCUGGUUGUAUCGAGUGCUACCGCGAGCACUCUCGGGCCAGAAGACAUUGAUCUAGAGACUUAUUGA